AUGGCUGAUCAGUCCAUCAUCAGAAUCACUAAGGAGCUUGGCGACCUCCAAAAGAAUGCUGACCUCUCUCUGGCUGUCGCCUGCCGUGAUGCCGAUGUUCGCAACAUCAGGGCUGUCAUCAUCGGUCCCCAUGAGACGCCAUACGAAUUCGGCUUUUUCGAGUUCACCUUUAGGUUUGGCAAAGAAUAUCCUCGAAAAGCACCUUCUGUGACUGCAAUUACCACCAAUGGAGGCCGUUGUCGAUUCAAUCCUAACAUCUACGCUGGAGGCCGAGUUUGUCUGACAUGGCGGGGUGAGCCUGGCGAGGAGUGGUCUGCUGCACAGGGCCUUGAGUCUAUCCUCCUGUCUAUCCAGAGCCUGAUGUCGUCGAACCCAUACGAGAACGAGCCUGGUUUCGAGGACGCACGUGAGACUCAAGAUAAAAAGAAUCAGAAGGACUAUGUCCAAAAGAUCCAACAUGAAUCUCUUCGUAUCUCCGUCAUUCAGCGCCUCGAAGGAUAUCUGGGAAUCGGUGCUGACGGCAACGUAACCCCUCCCGUAGCCGCCCAGGAUGAAUACGACCCCGACUUUGACGGUGCCGACGAAGGUAUGACUACCUUUGAGCCUUUCAAAGACUUGUUCAAGCGUCGAUUCCUCUGGUACUACGAGUCGUACCUAGCAGCUAUCCACAAAGCUUCCAAGGAUGUCAAGGAAGGUCAGGCGUUCGCCAGAAUGCCUUUCGAGGGCGGUGGCAACCAGAUGGACGGCAAAUUCCAUUACGGCGAGCUUGAGAAGCGACUGAGGAACAUCAAAAGGGUCCUCGACGAGGAGCCCCUCAUUUGGGCUGCCCAGGGCAAGGAAGUCGAGCAGCAGGAGGAGACUGUCGCCGUGAAUCUUAAGCGCCAGCUGGCCCAGGUGAGCGAGAACUAUAAGCAACACGGCAUCCCUCACAAUGUCGAGGCGGAGGAUGGCAACCCCUUCGUCUGGAUCUUCACGUACUUUGGUCGACCCAUGACCAACAUGGACGGAGGCCUGUUCCGCAUCAGGAUCCAUCUGAGUCCCAAGUUUCCCGAGGAGCAACCCCGGAUUAGAUUCGAGACGAAGCUAUUCCACCAACGCAUCGCCCCUGAUGGGACACCAUGCUGUUGGCCGCCACCAUCCAAGAGAGAGAACAUGCAGGCGCACCUGGAUGCCAUCAUCGAGAUGUUGGAGGAGGAACAUCCUCCGUAUGACCCGAGAACUCUGGUUCAUCCGGAGGCCUUCAAACUCUUCUGGGGCAACGAGAAGGAGAAGAAGCAAUACCGCCAACGUCUCCGCCGCAGUGUUCAGGCCUCUGUUGAGUGA